AACUGAGCUCAUGAAAAUCAAAUUAAACCAAGACGAUGAGAUUAAGUGUGGAAAUAAUACAAAAUGUUGAAGCUGUCACUCUGCUGCUUAAACAGAGUGCAACGUGGGAGUGGAAGCCUUUCAGCUGCAAGAGAUGGUGUUCAUGUCAGAUCCUUUGUGAUGAGGCGGUCUCUAGGUUACUCAAGUUCAGGCUUCAAGCCACCACAGGGAUUUGUCUUCCAUUAAACGCUUCAUCAUUAAUGUUCUCUGCUUCUCCAAUAGGAUUUGGCCUGCUGUUUUCUUUAGGGUACGAAGUCAGAGAAUGGCCCCCCACAGACGAGUUCCUGCUGCGGACACUAUGCCUCCCUUGUUGGGCAGGCAUGGGCUUGCCCAGGACGCUCCUCAGCUGGGCCCAGAAGAAGGCCUGCUGGUUGACCUGCUGAGGCCACUCUAGGAGCUUCUGGGAUCCAAACGUACGGCGGAUAGAACCAGCGUGACCUCCCACUGACGACAUGGCGGAGUACAGACUCCCAUCUGAGUGGAGUAAGACAAUCGUCGGUUGAUAGAAGCCCCGUCAGCAGCCUCCCGCUUCCUAACAUCCUGUGGAAUCGGAACGCUGACAUCACGUUGGCCCUCAGAGUGAAACCAGAUGUAAUUCUGGUCUGCCUCUUUGUGUACUUCCCCAAAAACCCGACCCAUAUAAGUCCAGUGCUGACCUACUUGUGUAGCAGACGAAACCCAGACGACUUGAAGCAACGCUGACUGAUCGACUGCUAGACUUCAGGAUGUGGCUGUGUGUUUACCCGUUUCUGCUGGUGGUGUCGGCUCUGGCCCACAUGGAUCAGGUGACACUGGACGCCCACUGGGAGCAGUGGAAGAUGACCCACGGAAGAGAGUACAACGGACUGGACGAAGAGGGAAUCCGUCGGGCCAUCUGGGAGAAGAACAUGCUGAUGAUUGAAGCCCACAACCAAGAGGCGGCGCUGGGCAUCCACACGUAUGAGCUGGCCAUGAACCACCUGGGUGACAUGACGUCAGAGGAAGUAGUGGACAAGAUGAUGGGUCUGCAGGUCCCCAUGAACCGUGAUCGUGGCUUCACCAUGGAGGUGGACAAGCAGGACUACCGCCUCCCCAAGUCUUUGGACUACCGCAAGAAGGGCAUGGUGACGCCUGUCAAAGACCAGGGCUCAUGCGGCUCCUGUUGGGCGUUCAGCUCUGCGGGGGCCCUGGAGGGCCAGUUGGCCAAGACCACGGGCCAGCUGAGGAACCUGAGUCCUCAGAACCUGGUGGACUGCGUGACAGAGAACAGCGGCUGUGGGGGAGGAUACAUGACCAAUGCCUUCAAGUACGUGCAGGACAACGGAGGCAUCGACUCAGAUGAGUCGUAUCCAUAUGUGGGCCAGCAGCAGAUGUGUCGCUACAACUCCUCGGGAACGGCGGCCGAGUGUCAAGGCUUCAAGGAGGUUCCAGUUGGCGACGAGCACGCCCUCGCCGUGGCGCUCUUCAAAGCGGGUCCUGUUUCUGUCGGCAUCGAUGCUGCUCAGGGAACCUUCCAGUUCUACCAGAGAGGUGUUUACUAUGACCCCAACUGCAAUAAAGACGAUGUCAACCAUGCCGUCCUGGCUGUGGGCUACGGUGUGACCCCCAGGGGGAAGAAGUACUGGAUCGUCAAGAACAGCUGGAGUGAGCAAUGGGGCAACAAAGGUUACAUCCUGAUGGCUCGUAACCGUGGGAACCUAUGUGGCAUCGCCAACCUGGCCAGCUUCCCCAUAGUGUGAUGGAUAUUUGGUGUCUCCAUGGCAACGUGCCUCCUCUUCUUUUGUGGGCUGACGUGGGUGGCCGCGGUGUCACUGUGAGCUGCUGGUAUUUGUGUUUUAAGCACGCACAUAACGAGCCGUCGCUGGGCGAUGCAUUUCAGCACUUUUAUGAUGAUUAUUCAAGUGUAAGAUUAUGUUUUAUAGGAAAUUAAAUAAACUUGU